CACGAAACUGAACGGAGCGGCGGCGGCGGCGGCACCUCUCUGCGCCCGGCCGCUGCGCUCGGCAGGCGUGGGCACCUGCAAGUACCAGCAGGAGAUCGUGGCGGCCCCAGCCGAAGCGACGGCCUGGGCUCUGGCGGCGAUUCGGCGGCGCGCCGGGGUGGAUGCGGAUUUGGCUUCGUGGGCCAACAUCAAGCGCCGCGGGCGCGAGCUCACCCGGUAUCUGCUGAGGAGGAUCGGGCCAGAAGCGAACUUGGCGGUGGUCUCGCACGGCGGCUUCCUCAUGAGGCUCACGGGCGACUCGUACAUGGACAACUGCGAGGUCCGCACGUACCUCGUGACGGGCGGUCGGCACACCAGGUGGAAGCGGUUGAGGACCUACGCGUCCCCCCGCGGCAACGCUUGACGCCGCGCUUCGUGCCGCAGGCACGGCCUUUGGGGCCGAGGGCGCUGCGCUCCCCGAACGCGGCGGAGGGAUCGCCCCUCCCCCCCGCCCCGCGCGCCGCUUGCCUGCUGGGCUGGCCAGCAUGUCCUGCGUCCUGGGCCCACGACUGGCGUGACGUGUCGAGUGGGCCCUGCGCAGCCCUCCCACGGCAGGCCGGGUCUGCAUCCUGUGCAUAUCCCGCCGCGUUCGGACCCUCGCCUGCCGCGGGCCGCUGCCCCUUUUCCCCUGGCCGCUCGUGCCAAGCCGCUCGACGCGGAGUUUGGAAUUCGUCGCCGCGGCUCAGGACCGCGGCGGCCGCACGUUGCCUCUCCGCUACAGUUUCUUCAUGCGCAGGGCCGGGGAGCGUGGCGCUGAUGGGCAGGCGGAGGCGGGUCGAGGCGGGUGGAGGCCCGAUGCGCCAUGGGCGCCGCCCCGCCUGGGGCGGCGCGGCCGACCAGGGCUCGCGCGGAGCCUCCUCUGGCGCGCGGCCUGCUGGCUAAUGCGGGUACCUUCUUACUCGCGCAGCCGACCCAGUGAGGCCGCAUGUGUUGAUCCGGGGCCGCCCACCAAAGCCGCGGCCGUUUGCCCCUCGGCGCUGUGUGCCGCCAGAGUGGUGCCGCCUGCGGCGCAGCCUUUUUCUGGCGCGGCACGGUCUCGCUGCCCAAGGUCGGAGGGCGCCAGGUCUCCGCCACAACGGCUUUUCGAGGGCCGUGGGUAGCCUGCUGGGGGUCUGCGGUGGCCCGGCACUGGUUCUGGCCAGCAGGAAGGGCGGGCAGGUCCGAGGCGCUGGGGCCGGUUUUUGGCCCUCGUUCGGUACUCCAGAUUUCGUGAUGAAAGGGAGGGGGUCUCAACCC